CAGCAGCAGCAGCAGGAGGCUGGUGUAUGCAGCAUGAGCAUCCGUCAAACCCUGUAGUCAGAGCCGAGAGGAGCUGCAGGGAACUGUCGCUGAUCAGGGCCGACUAGCGACCAAAACUUCACUGCCAACAUGUCCGACGAAGAGCAAGAGCAGACCAUAGCCGAGGAUCUGGUGGUGACCAAGUACAAAAUGGGCGGAGACAUCGCCAACCAGGCUCUUCGUCUGGUGGUGGGUACAGCCAAGCCGGGGGUGUCGGUGCUCAGCCUGUGUGAGAAAGGGGAUGAAUACAUCAUGACUGAGACGGGCAAGGUCUUCAAGAAGGAAAAGGAAAUGAAGAAAGGCAUUGCCUUUCCCACCAGCGUCUCAGUCAAUAACUGUGUUUGCCACUUCUCUCCCCUGAAGAGUGACCCUGACUACACACUUAAAGAGGGGGAUCUGGUCAAAAUAGAUCUAGGGGUUCACGUGGACGGCUUCAUUGCCAAUGUUGCUCACAGCUUUGUGGUGGGAGCCAGUAAGGAGAACCCGAUCACAGGCCGGAAAGCUGAUGUGAUCAAAGCGGCUCAUCUGUGCGCAGAAGCAGCUCUUCGCCUUGUUAAACCUGGUAAUCAGAACACUCAAGUGACAGAAGCCUGGAACAAGAUCGCUCAGUCCUUCAAAUGCUCACCGAUUGAGGGAAUGCUGUCUCAUCAGCUAAAGCAACAUGUCAUCGAUGGAGAGAAGACGAUCAUUCAGAACCCUUCAGACCAACAAAGGAAGGACCACGAGAAGGCAGAGUUUGAGGUACAUGAAGUCUUUGCUGUGGAUGUGUUGAUAAGCACCGGAGAAGGAAAGGCCAGAGAUGGAGGUUACAGAACCACUAUUUAUAAGCGGGACCCCAGCAAGCAGUAUGGCCUGAAGAUGAAAACAUCCCGUACGUUCUUCAGCGAGGUGGAACGCCGCUUUGAUGCUAUGCCCUUUACUCUUAGAGCCUUUGGGGAUGAAGCCAAAGCUCGGCUGGGUGUGGUGGAGUGUGCCAAACAUGAACUACUACAGCCUUUCAGUGUUCUACAUGAGAAAGAAGGAGAGUUCGUAGCUCAGUUUAAGUUCACAGUCUUGCUGAUGGCCAACGGGCCCCACAGAAUCACCAACGGACUCUUUGAUGCAGAGCUCUACCAGUCAGAGCAUGAAGUUCAGGAUCCAGAGCUGAAGACUUUACUACAGAGCUCUGCAAGCCGUAAAACACAGAAGAAAAAGAAAAAGAAGGCCUCAAAGACGGCAGAAAACGCAACUGGACAGCCAGCUGAGGAAACGGAAGCCGUAGAAUAAAUAAAUACUGUCUUUUCACACGCAAGACCCCAAAGAGAAGCAAGAGGAAACAUGACAAAUGAUUUCACUGUUUCAAACACAAGAUCUUUCAAAACGUAAUAAAUAUGACUCUGUUCUUUGUGGAUCGUAAACCCUUUGCUGCAUUUGGUGGGAGUAAAAUGUAAGAAUGUAAAAAUUGUUACUUUUCCCUCCUGGAUUAGGGAAUUAAAAAUAUUUGCAAACAGUUGAGCAACUUUGAAAAGGCUUGUUGCCAAAAGGUUAAUUGAGCAACUGAUGUCUUCUUUUAAAAAUACUCAAAUCUUUAGGUCCUCUUCAUGCUUGUUGUAAAUGCAGCUGCAUAUGAUAGUGGUCAUUUAAAGGAGUUUCAGAUGCUGUUGUACUUUGACAACAAGUUCUAAAAAGCUGUCUUAACUUCUUUGUGGUUAAAAAAACCCAAAUCUUUUAUUAGAAGGUUAAUGAGCACUUUGUCACCUCUUACCUGUGUAACAAAAAGCCGUGAAGAUGGGCGAACAUUUCAUAACACUUUGUUUUUUCUGAACAUCAUGCAGUAAAGGGUUAAAUCAUGAAUAUGUCUCACUUGUGAACUGCAACUUAAUGUACCAUGCUUACAGGGAUUAUACUAUAAUAGAUGUUGUAACCAGAGUAAAUGUUUGGAGGUUUGUCCUCAUAGGGCCUGUUCACGGCUCAGGCUGAAGCGAUGUGUUUUAACCACAAUAGAUUUUGUUAAAGCAAUAACCUGAACAGAAGACUGGAACAAUUGAAGUUUACAAGCCAGUUGCGAUCAGCUUGACUUUAGGGAACAAAAAUGCUACAUUUACUGCCAUUCCCCUUUGAAUUUUAUGAAAGGAUGGAAACCUUGAAGUUCCACUUUUGAACAAUUUUUCUAUCAGAUAUCUGUUAGUCAUACAUGUCAUUAGUCCUGUGAGGCAUGGAAACUGAAGCUAAAAAAAACUUUAUCAUGAGUUUCAUGGGUUUUUGUCAUGGACCAGUAUGAGAUCAUUUGAGGUCUGAGUUUCAUCCUCAGGUCUGUGACUGUUGGCAACAUUUGUCAACCAGUUGAACAUGUUGAGAAAAGUGAAAUCCUGCUUUGUAGCUCAGUCAUUGGGCAAUGUAACUUUACAUCUAUGAAAUAAAUUUUUCAUAAACAUUUUCA